GGAAUUUCCCGAUUUUAUUUGGUUUCUGUGUAUGUCUUAUCAUGCCUUAUGACCUUAUGAUUACUUAAUUGUGAUUUUGGCAAGUAAACACUAACAAAUGAAAUAAUUUGAACAAAACGUUGGAUUUCAGUAUAUGUUUUAAAAAUUAUACUUGUCGUUUAUUAACUUUAUAGAAUCUGUUGUUUGUAACGCUUUCUUUAACUUCGAGAAUAUUACCGAUAAAUAGUAAGGUAAGGCCUGCUAGUCUGGUUGUUCGAACGAGAUUAACCGAUCAAUAUCAUUUCAUUAAAAAAAAAAAAAAAUAGUGAGCCAUAUUGGAAGGAAUUGAAGAUGGCAAGCAAUGCUCAACAAACUCAGAGAUUUAUUAAGUUUAUCAAUCAGCAACUUGAGGUGCUCAAAGAAGAGCAAAGAACAAUAAAAAACGCUGUAGAUGAUGGUAUCAUUCAGGUAAUUUAAAACAUUUAAAUAUAUACAAAUAUAAACUUUAGUACAACAUAUAUAUAUAUAGAUAUCUAGAAAAAAAUUUCAUCAAUUAAUGAACACGAAAGCUGCUAUAAUUUUAAUUACAUUUUAAAAGUGCAUUGAUUUGAAAAAAAAAUGUUUUAUAUAUGUUUUACCAAGGCACUCAUUGAGUCACUCAAUAUUAUUAAUUAUGACAUAUUUGAAUCAUUUUAUAACAUGUAAAACAAUUAAAGGCACAAAGUAGAAUAGACGCAUGGGUUAGUGCUGGACAUAUCAACCAGACAACGUUUGAGGAGAUAUCCAACAUGCUUCAGCAAUCAAUAACUUGUUUUAUUGCAAAGUCUGUGGAAAUUUCAGGUAAACUUUUAUAAAACAGCAAUAUUUACCAAUUCUUUUUUCAAUAUUCAAUUACAUUUUUUGGACAUAAUGUAUCUUUAAAUGUUUUUAAAAUUUAAACAUACUUUAAUUAUUAAAACUUACUUCAUUACAUUCUGGAUAAAGAAAAAUCUAAAUUGUUAUUAUGUCAAUAAUUAUGUCAUAAUCUGAACCAAUAUUGUCAGUAAAAAAGCUUAUUUUCGUUUUCAGAUAAGUAUGUUAAACACGUGUUCAGAGUUUUAAUAAUUAAUUUUUUGUUGUUGCUGUAAUUAACAUUCUAUUUACAACAAAUAUUUUUUAAUCUUAUUCAAGGUCUACAUAAUAAUGAAAAAAUGGUUGAACAGAAUGAAACUUCAUUCUCAAACGUUCAUGAUUCUACAAGUCUUACAGUCAGUAAAAAUGAAGAUACUGAAAAAUCAGAUAUGGCGUUAAAGAGAAAAGAAGACGUAAUUGUUGCAAAAGAUAAAUCUAGUUAGUGAUCAUAAUUUUCUUUUUAUCUUUGUAUGGUUCUUAUUUUUAAAUACAUUUUUCAUAUUAUUACUUGUCUUUAAAGUUUUCACUAUAUAAAUUAGACAAUAAAUAUGCAAGAAAGACAAAUUGUUUUCCAGUCAGUUUUGUUAAUUUUUUAAAAUAAAAAUCUGACUAUCAAUAAGCAAUAACUAAGGCUUUUGGUUUAAUUUAUGAUAUUACUUGAAACAAAUCUCAUUCAAUUAAAACUUUUCUUUUGUUUUCUAAAUAUUUAUGUAUAUUUAAACUUGCUUUAUAAACAUGAUUUUUGUAAUGACGAGCGUACAGGAUUUUUUUUUUUUUUCAUUAAAUUGCAAAAUUAAAAAAUGAAGGUUUUCAAAAAUUAUUAUUUUAAAUACUCCAUGACAAAUAAUUCAAGUUCAUCACAAUUAGCAACAUCUUCUUCCAACUUCAAACAACCAUUCAAUAUACUUCCACUAUUAUAUAAGUUAAGUCUUAAUUGUAGGAGUGAACUCUUUUAUUCAUUUACAGGUGAAGAGAAAGAAGCCAAUAUAUCUAAAAUUAUGACCAUUAAAUUUGCCAUACUAGAGGAAGCAGUGUUCUCACUCAAAAAGACAACAGAACAAGUUAAAGAAAAACAAGAUAAUAUUGAUAGGACAUUAAAAGAUGUCUCGACACAACAAGAAAAUGUAAACAAAAAAUUUGAAUCUUCUCAUAAAACAAAUUUGAAUUUUAAGAAACAAACCCAAAGAACAAUUACAGAGAUUGAGAAAAAAAGCAAAAACAUUUCCAUAAAUGUUGAUCAUUUGUUUGAAACUGUAAAUAAAUUUGAUGACAAAUUAAACAGAUUAGAGGAGCAAAAAAUGUCUCGUGAUGUGUCAAUGAAUGAACUCAAUAAACAGUUCAGCUCUGUUAAAAAAUGUAGUGAUGAUGCCUGUGCUUCUACACAAGAUUUGUCAAAGAGUGUUGAGAGUACAAAACAAGAGUAUAAUGAAAUAUCUAAUAAAAUGAAUCAACUGGAAAUCUCAAUCAAUCAGAUGUCAUCUCAGUACAAAGAGCAGUUUGAAAAUAUGUGCAGCCUCAAUGAAGAUAAAGUUAAUGAUUUGGUAUGAAGUAGAACAUUUAAUUUUUAUUUUUGUCAGUAUUAUUAAGUUAAAUGUACAAUAUUUCAUUAGAAUUUUUAAAACAUAUAUGUUUCUUGAUUUCAUUUUAACUACAUAGACGGUUUAAAUAUAUGUUAUCUAUUUAUUUUUAUAUAUGUAAGGCAUAAUAAUAAGAAAACUAAGUUUAAAAAAAAUAAAAAUAAUAAUAAACAGCAAUUUAUAUUUAUAUAUGUUGAAAACAAAUAAAUUUCCUUGAAAAAUAAUGUAAAAUAAAUAAAUAAUAAAGUAACCAUUUCAUUUGCUUUCAUUUUUUUUUUAAAAUGAUUUUGUUAAAAAAAAAAUUUUACUUUAAAAAUAUUUAUUUAAUUUUUUACAAAAAACAACUUUUAAAAACGAGAGAAAAAAGGUCAAUAGGGUUAAAUAUCGUCGGUGAAAAGUUUUAUUUUAAAUAGGGUGUAGAUUUAAUUAAUAAUGAUCUAACUUUUUAUUCAUCCAUUCUAUCAAACAUAAAUUAAUGGAAAAAAAAUAAAUUAAAAACUUUCUUAAUUAAUUUUUUUUUAAUUGAAACUUAAAAUCAAUUAAACAUUUAAAUAAAACUAUAAUCCAACUAUGUUUCAUAUAUUUUUUUUUUAAAUAUGUGAUUGCUAAAAAGACAAUCACACAUUUAAAAAAAUAUAUAUUUUACUGUUUUAAUGUAUAUUAUUUUCAUUGAACUACUUUGAAAAUUAUCAAAAGGUAAAAUGAAAAAAAAAUUAACAAUUAAAAUCAAGCUGAACAAUUUUAUUUUAUUUUUUAAAAGAGUCUAUUAUAUAGAAAAAUCCUACAUAUUUAAUAGAAUCAUAUUCAAAAACAUUUUUUCACAUAAUUUCAAGUUAAGUUAUUCCUUUUGCUAAUUCUUCUUUAUUGUCUUGUUUGCCUGCUGUACAGAUUGGUAUGAGUUGCCAUCUGCUGAAUAAAAGAUUAUCUCCACUAGAAGAUUUAAGAGAAGCCUUAAACAAGGUCAAUUCCACAAGACAUGCUCUUUACAUAAAGGUAUUUUAAAAUAUUGUUAAAUAUAUUUUUCAUUUGAAUUUGGAGUGUAUGCAAGUAAAUAAGCCAAGCAGCACUUGAUUCAAAAACUACUAAUAGUACAUUUAUUUUCAAAUGUUUCUUGUUUGCAGUAUUAUUUUUACAGUCAAAUCAAUAUUGCAAAAUGAAAUAUUUAAAAAGAAACAUAAAUAAUUAUAUGGUUUCACAUGACUAAUUGAGAAAAUAUCUUUAUAUACUUUUAUUAAAUACUUGUUAUUGUCACAUGUGAAACAAUGUGAUUAAAAAACUUUCUUGCUGUUACGAGCUUGAGUGCUUUAAAUUUGUGCACCUUAUUGAAGGUACAAUAUUACUAAAUUUCUUUAGAAAGGUAUGACCACACUACUAUUUCAGUUCAUAUAAAUGUAAAAAUUUAAAAUAAUACACUCUUUUUUAACCACAUAUGGCAUUUCACAACUAAGACUUAAAAGGAAAAAACAAAUUGCAAACAUCCAUUGCUCAAAGUAGCAUUUAUCAAAUAUAUUUAGCCUCCAUAGACUUACUCAUAGUACUAUUAACAGAGAGAACACAAGAUAAAAGAAUGCCAUUGAAAAAGUUCAGCAGAAAAUAAAAUAAAUGCAGUAAUAAAAUAUAGAGUUAAUUCACGGCUCACUUUUUUGGCUUUAAAUUGAAAACUGAAAUUGAAAGUAAUAUUAAAAAGUAAAAAAUAUAUAUUUUAAAAAAUUAAUCAAAUAAAAAUCUUCCUGUUGGUUGCACCCUUUAAUUGUAAUGAGUUCAGCUUUGUCAAGAAAAACAUUAUGAUUGUUAUAUAUUUAGUAGGCUUCCUUGCUUAAAGUUAAAUUUAAAACAAAAUUUUAUUUAGGGAGCGAAUUCUACUUGACACGAAAGACUCUUCCAAACAAAUUUCACUCUAAAUAAAACAUAUACAUAUUUAAUAUCUAACUUUUAUCUGAAAAAUCAUUUGUUUAAAUUUGAUUUGAAUGUUAAAAAUUUAAAAUUGAAUAAUCUAAAUUCUUAAUUCAAAAUUGAUUUUUUUUUUUUGGAUUCUAAUAUUUAAAGGUAGAUGAUCUUACCGGUCAAGUUUUGGAUUUAUCUGGUGCAGUUAAGGAGUUAAGUAAGAUACUUUUGGAGUUGUGUCAGUAUAAUGAUUAUAAACUGGGCUCAUAAAAAAAGAGUAGUGGGGUGUGUUAAAACUUUUUGAUGUUCAUGUUUGUUCUCGUGCGGAGAAGCUGAUCUUCUAUCAAUCGCCUUCCGUCUGGUGGACAGGGGGAAGCCAACCAGAUAUGGUGGGUACCGGGGAAAUAAAAUAACUGGGUCGGACUAAAAUCAGAACCGACUGACUUGUAGGAAGUGGAGGGAUCCACGAAGGCUAUGGAACAUUACCCCAAAACUAAGACAGCUACCUAAAGAGCUCUAAGGGGCAGUCCACGAGAUGGUUGCGUGUAGGGCUAACAACCCGGACAUGUACAAAAUGUUACGAAAGCCUAACUACAGAACGGAUUCAAAUAAAAAUCGACAUAUGGCUGAACUCGUGAAGAGUUCUUGUCAUAAAUUCAGUAUAUUCGCAAUAUUAACAUUGUGUGAUGCACUGGACGCCAGGUUCAGACUCCUCUGAUGCUUUGUCUAGAUGCGGAUCUAGUUUAUGGCGUAAUCAUCUAUGACAAUUGUGCCAUUAGCUUUGGCCCUAAAAGUGUAGACCCUGACCACUUGAGAAAUGUCGUUACGUUUCAUAACAGCUGCUUCCAAUUUGUCCAGCAACGCAUUACAACAUUGCAUUUGUGUGUCGGCCCAUCCUCUUCGCCAGUGGUUCUUAACCUUGCUGGGGGUACUGAACCCCACCAGUUUCAUAUGCACAUUCACUGAACCCUUCUUAAUAGGAAAAAUAAAAAAUAUGAUUUUUUUUCCUGAUUACUUUUGGGCCUCCGCCGAACCCCAGAGUCUGACUCACCGAACCCCUGUUGUUUGAUCGAACCCAGGUUAAGAACCACUGCUCUACGCUAUUCUUGAAAUCGUAAAUCUGGAUACAACUUUCUUACAUGAAGACAUUGUUGACUAGGAACAAUCAGAAAGUUAUAAUAUGAUUGAUACUUCAAAUGGGUUACGUCAUACAAAACUGCAUUUUGAGGCAGUAUUGACUUUGCGUAUUUUUUUCGCUGAUAUAUUUUUUUUUUUAAGGAGGUGCACAUGAAAAUUAUGACUUUGCUUUUUAGACACCCUAAAAUACAGCGGCGUCGCUAAAGGGGGAGCGAGUGUUGCAGACGGUAUCGGUUGACACCAUCUCAGACGGUUGACACCAAAUGAAAACAAUAAUCUUAUUUACAGAGUACACACUGCCCGGUCUAACUGAAUUUCAUUAAAGGAUAUACGUAAAUUGUCCACACAUGUACGUGUGUAAGCAACCAAAAUGCAUGCUUUAUUAAAAGUUCAAAGGUUGAUGCGUUCGAAAUGAAAUGACAUUAUAUAAUAAUGUCAGGAAAAAAAAAUUAUCUAAAUUCUGAGAAAUAAAGAAUACAUUCAGACCAUAUACGAUGUGGUUGAGCAAUGGUGUACUUCUUCAAUACAAUUACCUCCUGACAUUCAUUUAAUUUGUUUUUGUUCUUGUCAUGGUCAUACUGUGGAUUUAUGUUACCUAAAAGAAAUCCAUCAUGGAAGUCGGGGGAAGGGGAGGGGGUUGACACCAUGAGUUUACAUGACCGGGAAACAUUUAACCCUAGCUACGCCACUGCUUAUAUCUAUAUAUAAACCAUUUUUGUUUUUAUUCUUUAAAAUAUUUUCACUAUAAAAUAGUUAAUUCCUGGCCAAUACAGCUAUUUAAAUCAUAAGAUUUUUUUUUGUGUUUUUUUUCAAAUUGAAAUUUUAUUACAAUAUUAUGUCUUUUUGGUUGUUUUUUUUCUUUUAACUCCCCACAGAGUCAAAAUGCUGUCGACCGAUUGUAGGUUUUCAGGCACACAGGAAUUUAGUUCCCUCCGAAGGAAGUAAAGAAAUUUUAGAAAACUUCGAUAAUGUUAAACCUAACAGUGGAAAUAACUUUAAUCCAGUAUCUGGUGUAUUCACUGCUCCCUUCGGUGGCUUGUACUUGAUAAGCAUCAGUGGUAAGCUUGCUGGAAAUAGCGAAAUUUUGGUUUUACGUUUUACAAAAUCUGAGCCUAUAUUAUGUUCUUUGUUUGGAAAUCAAACAAUAACAAGAUGUUUUGUGCUGGAGGUAGGCGACAGGAUUGCCUUGUAUCUUAAACACAAUGAGGAAAAAACAACAACGUGUGUUGAUUUCACUUGUUUUUUUAUAAAUUGAUAAAAACAAAAUUAUCUCCUUCUCUGUCUCUCUCUCUCUCUCUCUUUCUCUCUCUUCCUCUCUCUCUCUCUCUCUCUCUCUCUGUUUCUUCAAGUUUCUUUCAUUUCCUACCUCUGAUAUUCUCUCUCUCUUUUUCUCUCUCUCCCCCCCUCUCUCUCUCUCUCUCUCUCUCUCUUUCUCUUCUUCUUUCUUUCUUUUUCUCUCUCUCAUUUUCUCUCUCUUUCUCUCUCUCUUAAAAACAACAACGUGUGUUGAUUUCACUUGUUUUUUUAUAUAUUGAUAAAAACAAAAUUAUCUCCUUCUCUCUCUCUCUCUCUCUCUCUCUUUCUCUCUCUUCCUCUCUCUCUCUCUCUCUCUCUGUUUCUUCAAGUUUCUUUCAUUUCCUACCUCUGAUAUUCUCUCUCUCUUUUUCUCUCUCUCCCCCCCUCUCUCUCUCUCUCUCUCUCUCUCUGUUUCUUCAAGUUUCUUUCAUUUCCUACCUCUCAUAUUCUCUCUCUUUCUCUCUCUCUCUAAUUCUCUUUUACGCUUCAUUGGUAAAGAAUUAAGUGUGGUGGGUUUUAUCGAGAUGUUGACCAAUCCGUCUCCGUCAUAUCGUGGUUCUGUCAAUGGAGACAGUGUCAGAUUAUAACAUGUGGGAGACCUAAGGCAGGUGACAUUUUGCAAUCAGAAAAUUGUUUCAAAAGGGGAUUUAAGACCACUCACACAAAAAAAAAACAGACCAUCCACACCGAAACAAAAAGAAAUGCAUUUCAUUUCGAUGGGCCCCUAGCCUCGUGCCUCAAUUGACUUUAGAUUAAUCAUCCCUGCCAUGAGAUUAAUUUCAUGUACGUUUUAAAACUUUGUUAUUGCCUAAAGCCUUGAGCUAUUGAAUCCUUUUUUUUUCUUUUUUUUUCUUCUCUAAAUCAAGGGUUUAUUAUGGCCAUUUUUUUUUAGUGUUCAUUUUAGUAGCUAAAACUCACUGAGCCAUAUAGUGAGAAACGUUUCUCUCAUCAAAAUUUGAAAGCGCACUUAUGGGUAAAUGAAAUGUAUUUACUAUUUAAUUUUUAUGUUAAUUUAAAGACGAAAUUAAAUAGCAUUAGUGAUCGUUGUAAAUUUUGUCACAAUUUUACAUACAGUCCCCGUUACCAGUUAUAUAUAGCUAAGUAAAUAACAUCACUUAGCUAAUAAAAACGUAUUUUUAUUUAAGUGAUACAAAUUUUUCCAAGAGGCAACCUAGUGGUAUUUUAAAUGUUGCUUUUAUUACGGGUACAUUGCACAUUUGCGCUGUGUUCACCCAGCCAGUGUUUUAAUAAGUCGUUGUAUGCUUCCUUUACAUCCCUCUUUGGUUUUUUGACCCUUGCAUUACCAAUGAACUUUGGUGACACGUGCUGCCAUGCACGUCACCCACAGCCCUUGAUUGGGAAAGAUUGGUUACGUUUCCAGAAUGUUCUACGCACAUUAAAUGCAUAAACUUUCUGUUCUGUGGGAUUCUCGCUCCUUCACUAUAAAUAUGUCGGUUGAUUGUGUCCGGCAGACUUGCGAAACUUAAAGGAGUAACAGUGGCCCUACAAGAUUAAUUAGAUUUUUUAAUGUGUGUGCAAGAAUGUAUAUUUGAAGCCUUUCUCGUAUUAUAUUCGAAUUUAAGUUAAUAUGGCUUUAAUUUCUUUAUAUUUGUUAAAAUAUGUCAUUUUAACUUAGUACCAUUAAAUUGAUUCUUGUUAAUAUCCC